UGUCAAAUGUUGACGCUUGCUACGAGGCGAGACUGAGGUCUGCCCUGACAGUCCUGCCCAAAACUUCUUCAUCAACGGGAAAGUAAAAUACAGAUAUAAGUGUCGCAAGCGGUUGUCAUUCAACCCUGCAUGGAAUAAACAGAAAAAGAUUGAUAGAAGAGGCAAGGUAGCUAGCUAGCUGGCAUGUCACUGACAGUGCUUGGUGGCUAUGCACAACGUUAGCCUACAGUACCUAGCUAGCUUGCUAACGUUGUUGAAUGGCAUGCUAGUAGGCAAUAGCACUGGGCAUAUUCUUCUUUAGCAUGUGGUUUAGCUAACGGCAGUAUCUUUAUUGCCCAAUGUGGGGACGAAAGAGACAGCUGGGACAUUGGCAGAAAGCUUGGCUAGCUGCAGUAGCUAACCAAGAACUGGUAUUGUGCCGCAGAUCCAGUUUCACCAAUGGCAUUCUCAUCGCGGAGGACGCAAUGACACCAGACGAGGAGCCGCGGGGUGACUGACAGUCUUCAGGAACCCGACCAUCGAAGUAGCUAGCUACUACUGCUGACAAUCUGGGAACAUGGACAAUUUUUCCAAAUGCAUCCAGAGAAAUAUCUCUCCCAGUGGAUCAGAAUGUAACGCAAGAAGGACGGAUCAUGUAGAAAAGCUUUCCAGGCAGACCAGGGCAUGUAAUGAACGGGAACCGCACACAUCAUGCCAACAUAACACGCAACGCAUUGAACCAGAAGGAAGCAUGACAGCAAAUUAACGUUUAUUGUAUCUUUGUAUUUAUUUUGCUGAACAACAUUUGGUUUAGUCUGGCUAUCACCACUGGUUCCCAGAUUUCAUGUACUAGUUCUAUCAACCGUUGUCUGAGAUCAGUCAGAAUUUAGAUUUCAUGAUGACGGUGGAGGGUUCCACAAUAAAGAGUCGGAUCAAAAAUCUUCUCCGCUCGCCAUCUAUCAAAUUGAGAAGGAAUAAAGAUCGGAACCAUAAAGAGAAUCUCAGUAACAAGGUCACAUUAGAGAAGGUGCUGGGGAUCACAGCAUUUGGGAACCGUGCUUUGGCCUGCGACCCUCGCUCCGGACUAGUGGCCUACCCAGCUGGAUGUGUGGUGGUGCUGCUGAACCCCAAGAAGAACAAACAGCAUCACAUCCUCAACAGCUCCAGGAAAACCAUCACCACUCUGUCAUUUUCCCCUGAUGGCAAAUAUGUGGUCACAGGAGAGAGUGGGCACAUGCCUGCUGUGCGGGUGUGGGACGUUGCAGAGCGGACUCAGGUGGCCGAGCUACAGGAGCAUAAGUACGGCAUCUCCUGCGUGUCCUUCAGCCCUAACAGCAAGUACAUCGUCAGCGUGGGAUACCAGCACGACAUGAUCGUUAAUGUCUGGGCCUGGAAGAAAAACAUUGUGGUGGCAGCCAACAAAGUCUCCAGUAAAGUGACGGCCGUGUCCUUCUCAGACGACAGCUCCUACUUUGUCACGGCAGGGAACAGGCACGUCAAGUUCUGGUACCUGGAUCACACCAAAUCCUCCAAGGUGAACGCCACAGUUCCUCUGCUGGGUCGCUCAGGGCUCCUGGGAGAGUUGAGGAACAACUUCUUCUCUGAUGUGGCAUGUGGGAAGGGUCGUAAAGCCGGCAGCACCUUCUGCAUCACUUCCUCAGGCCUGCUCUGCGAGUUCAAUGACAAACGCCUGCUGGACAAAUGGGUGGAGCUAAGGACAUCUCAGGCCACGUCUCUGUCUGUGACAGAGGAGCUGAUCUUCUGUGGCUGUGCAGACGGCACAGUGAGGGUCUUCAGCCCUGUCAACCUGCACUUCAUCUGUACCCUGCCACGCCCGCACUGCCUGGGAACAGACAUCGCCACCGUGGUGGAGGCUAGCCACCUCUUCAGCCACAAGAUGGACGCCCGGUACCCUGACACGGUGGCUGUAUCAUAUGACCCUGCGAGCCGCUGGCUGUCCUGUGUUUACAACGACCACAGCCUGUACGUGUGGGACGUACGGGACCUCAGGAAAGUGGGCAAGGUCUACUCCGCCCUCUACCACUCGGCUUGCGUGUGGAGCGUCGAGGUGUACCCGGACAGGGUAAGUGAUGGUGAGCAGCCCUGUCUGCCUCCAGGCUCCUUCCUCAGCUGCUCCUCAGACAACACCAUCCGUCUCUGGAACACUGACGGUCACAGCACCACCCUCAGCCGCAACGUCAUCAGCAACGACCUCCAGAAGAUCAUCUACAUGGACAACAACACGGCCGGCCUGCUGGACACAGAGUGCCUCAACUCGGGGAACGGAGAGAAGGCCGACCCCCAGACCUCAGAGACCAGGACGGGCAUCAGGACCAUGUGUGUGAGCCCCGACGGGCAGCACCUGGCGUCGGGCGACCGCACCGGCACCUUGAGAAUCCAUGAGCUGGUGAGCAUGGAGGAGAUUCUGAACGUUCAGGCCCACGACUCUGAGAUCCUUUGUCUGGAAUACUCCAAGCCUGAGACGGGUCUGAAGCUACUAGCCACAGCUAGUCGAGACCGUCUGAUUCAUGUGCUGGAUGCAGAGCAGGAGUACAGCCUGCUGCAGACGCUGGACGAACACUCCUCCUCCAUCACCGCCGUCCGAUUCGCUGCCAAUGACGGCAAGGUGAGGAUGAUCAGCUGUGGUGCUGACAAGAGCAUCUACUUCCGCACAGCGCAGAAGUCAGAUGAAGGAACAGUGUUUACCCGCACCCACCACAUCGUACGCAAGACGACGCUGUAUGACAUGGAUAUCGACCCCACCAGGAAGUACGCCGCUAUUGGUUGUCAAGACCGCAGCGUUAGAAUCUUCAACAUCAGUAACGGCAAACAGAAGAAACUGUACAAGGGCUCCCAAGGAGAGGAUGGCACUGUUAUCAAGGUUCAGACCGACCCCUCAGGACUGUAUGUGGCCACCAGCUGCUCAGACAAGAACAUCAGCAUCUUUGACUUCUACUCUGGAGAGUGUGUGGCCACCAUGUUCGGACACUCUGAGGUUGUGACUGGAAUGAAGUUCACCAAUGACUGCAAGCACAUGAUAACUGUGUCUGGUGACAGCUGUAUCUUUGUGUGGCGUCUGGCCCCGGAGCUCACCAUCAGUAUGAGACAGCGUCUGUCAGACCUCAAACAGACAGGCAAGCCAGUUCAGAAGACACCACCUCACAAACCUUGCAAUCUCAGCACCAGGAGAGAGGUGCACAGAACCCCUCCCAUAGUCACCAUGUCCUCUGACAGCGACAAAGAGGUGGAGGAGGAGGAGGAGGAGGGGAUAGAGGAGGAGGAUGAGGAAGAGAUGAUCUCUCCUUACAUGGUGUCAGGCUGCAGUGCAGAGGAGGAGACAGACACCUCAGACGAAAAGUACAACUCUCUUAACUCUCACGGCAGAGAACUGAAAAGGGAGAGCUCUUUUAGCAGGCGUUCCUCCCAGGGCAAUCAUCACUGUGAGGAAAGGGGUCCCCGUCCGCGGCGCCGCUGGUCCAGAGGCAUGGUCAGCAUGGAGCUGAUGGUCAAGUCCAUGUUGGACCUCAGACAGCUGGAUUCCUUCGCCAUGCCCCCCUCCUCCCCCAACAAGACCAAGACCCAGCCGGAUGCUUUCAGAGACCCAUUCAGGGAGGAUGAACUGGGCAGCACCAUCAGCCUGCAACCCCUUACUGCAUGGGGGGAUGAGUCUGAGCAGAGGUCCCAGCAGCGACCCCACUACAUCAUGUUCUCUCCACAGACCCCAGAGACAGGCUCAGUGCUCUACCCCGAGGGCUGUGAGGACAGGGUCAGCUUAGCUGGCAGUGAGUACCUAGUGAAAGAGCUACUGCCCGGGCCUGAGACCAGCAGGAGUGUGAAGGGGUGCCAGAACCACAGCCAGUGGAGCCAGGGCCACCAUGACAAACACAGCCCAGACAGCGCCUGCUCUGUGGACUACUCCAGCAGCAGAAGGUCCAGCCCAGACAGCCAGCAGCAGCCUCCUGGAGAGAACUCUGAGCCCACGGAGCCUCUCAGUGUGGAUGGGAACUCCUCUGAAUUGGACAUGGAGGAACUGGAGGAGGAAGAGGAGGGGGGCGUAGGGAGGGGAGAGGCCAAGGGGACAACAGUAGUACCUAAGACCCCUGACCAGGAGGCCUUCCUCAAACAGCACUUUGGCAACCUGGCUGAGCUUAAAAACCCAGUGAGCCCGACCAGCGUUGUCACCCCGGACAGUGUCAGCAUCUCCUCCAAGUUCCUGUCCCAAUGCUCUCCUGGAAGCAGGACGGCCUUUCCAUUCCCCUCCAAGAGCGGUGUUGAGGGGAAGGUAGCCAGCAGUGUGGUGAGGCCCCUGGUCUCUGAGGUGAGGCCCCUCAUGGAGCACAACCAGGGCCAGAGCCACAACCAGGGCCAGCGCCACAACCAGGGUCAGAGCCAGAGCCAAGACCACAGCCAGGACCAGAGCCACAGCCAGGGCCAGAGCCACAGCCAGGACCAGAGCCACAGCCAGGGCCAGAGCCACAGCCAGGACCAGAGCCAAGGCCACAACCAGGACCAGAGCCACAACCAGGACCAGAGCCAAGGCCACAACCAGGGCCAGGACCAGAGCCACGACCACAGCCAGGGCCAGAGCCACAGCCAGGACCAGAUCCAGGGCCACAGCCAGAGCCACAGCCAGGACCAGAGCCAAGAACACAGCCAGGGCCAGAGCCACAGCCAGAGCCACAGCCAGGACCAGAGCCAGGGCCACAGCCAGGGCCACAGCCAGAGCCACAGCCAGGACCAGAGCCACAGCCAGAACCAGAGCCACAGCCAGGACCAGAGCCAGGGCCACAGCCAGGGACAGAGCCACAGCCAGGGCCACAACUGGUGUCAGAGCCAAGGCCACAACCAGGACCAUAGCCACAGCCAGAGCCAGGGCCAGAGCCAACUCCACAGCCAAGGCUACAGCCACGACCAGGGCCAGAGCUAUAGCCAGGGCCAGAGCUAUAGCCAGGGCCAGAGCCACAACCAGGGCCAGAGCCACAGCCGGAGGAAGGGCUCAGAAGAAUCUCAGAAGGGCACUACCGCGAGACUAGAAGUAGUGGACACUACGGAGAAGGGUCUGAAUCUCCGGGCCUCUCCUCUGAGGAAGAAGCUUUUUAACCCUGCAGUGGACUCCCGUAGGAUAGUCAGCCCUGUGGCCAAGGCUGCAGCAUCACACCUCACCUCUACAGGCAUGAGGAAGUCCCAGUCAGUCCAGAACCUGCACACUGAGGAAAUGCCUCUGAGCCUGUCUCGGCCCUCCAAGGAGGUAGCCCCUCAGCCCCAUCACUCCCAGUCUCAUCAAUCCCAGGCCAACGAGCGUCCAGUGACCCUCCCCACAACCCCCCGCCGCACCCUGCCCAGCGUGCCCCCCUGCAGCCCCAUCUCCCCACAACCCCGGGACAUCACCAGUAGCAGUCACGGCAAUGCCCCCACGCCCAGGAGCAUCAAAUCCCGCUGCUCCUACAUGAGCCCCACCACCAGCUCCAUGGCCAAGAUGUCCCGCUCCAUGUCCAUGGGAGACAGCCUAAACGUGGCCGAGGAAGAGUCUGAGUCUACAGAGUCACGCAGGGGGUCCAGCUCUGACACGUCAAACGCUCCCACCAAGAGCCGGAGCUGCUCCUCCCAGAGCUCCCAGAGUCUUAGUACUAAACCGUCUACCCCCGUGGCCGUUGUCUCUUCCACCUUAUCCUCCUCCUCCCCUCUGGCGUUGGGUUUAGCCAUGCCCCAUGCUGCAGUUAUCCCCACCCUCAUCACUAGCUCUCCAAGCAACUCCAACCCCAGCCCAACCACCAAGAGUCUGCAGGCUAAGCUGAUGUGCAGCACCCGGCCCCAGCUCAACCUGGACAUCUCCAAGCCCCUCCCAGACAAGCCCUCCCUGGCGGCCUUCACUCCCAACAGUACCUCCAAGACCGCCGCCUCCUCCAAGACUGUCAAAGGGGACAACGACCUCUUUUCCAGAUCUCCAGUCAGCUUGUUACCUCACCAGGGCCAGACUCAUCCAGUGCUCACCAACAAAGUACAGCUAGUCACUGCACUGUCCCUCUCCCCAGCUGCUCCUGUGGAGACUAGCCCAGCUCGGAGUCCUGAGGCAGAGCAGCGGUUUCUCACCACGGAGCUGCGUCCUGAGGCCCCCGUGGUAGACAACAGGCUAGAACAGCCAAAGAUGGAGGAGAGCCAGGGCCUGACCCAGGAGAAGAGUCCCGCGAUGGAGGUGUCUCUACAGGGCAGUCCUGUAUACCUGCUGUCAUCUGGAGGUCCCGGCCAGGACCGUGCAGGUUUGCUCCAGCGAUCUCCCUCCUUCAUCCUGUCAUCUCUGCGUCUGGGCAUGCCCCUGGCCAACACCAAGCACUUUUUUACUACUGGUGCCGUGUGGCCUACCGUCUCAGUCUCCACCCCCAUAUACUCUGCACCUUCACCCUGUCCUCCGUCACUUAAUCAUUUCCUCCUGACGGACGGUUCUCUCAGUAUGGAGUCGUGCAGGGUGGUGGCCAGCGAUCUACAGAACACCUUUAGGAAGGCCUCCCAGCUCUACAGAAUGGUGAACAGUGUGCCUGUAGACUCCAGGCAGGAGCACCAUGAGAUGGCCCAGGUCCUGUCUGAGGCCUUUGAGGUGGUGAGGGCCGAGCUGAGCUCCCUGCCCCAGAGCUCACCCCCAUCCCCCUCUGGAGGACCUGCAGCAGGAGGCUCCCUGUGUACAGUGGGCUGCCGGCCCGUAGGACCAGUAGAACCAGGGACGGGGAGAUUAGCCUCAGGGGAGGAGAGGACUCUGGCUCUGCUGGAGCAGUACUCUGAGCUCCUCCUUCAAGCCGUGGAGAAAAGGUUGGACAACAAGCAGCUCUCCUAAAUACUCCUCUUCUUUCACACCCUUCCUUGAAGACUGAAGCAACCAACCCUCUUGCAAAUGUAGGAUCGUAAGCCAUUGUGCAAGGAUAUCUGCAGACUACAGUACUUCUUUUUAUUUAAUUUCUUUCUCGACACGUUUUUUAAAAUGAACAGAUUAAAAUAUUCCUGAAGGAUGCCUGUACAUAUUUUUUAGAAGUUAUUUUUUCUUUUUAAGCACUUCUCUCUCUUUCUCUCUGAUGCACCCUGUGGUUGGGUGGUCCCCUCUAUCCCUGUCAGAUCUCUGUAGGCCUAGGAGGGGUUGGGAGGGUUGUACUCAGCACAAUGGCCCACAGAUACUGAUACUGUAGGGAGACUCCUCAGGAUGAUCAAUGCCUCAGCAUUCAUUCCCAGUGUGGCUGACCUGCACUACAGACCGUCAUUCAUCACCCUUCCUCCCUCUAAUAUAUUGUGUGCUCCCUACAGUACCUACCAGACACCUGCACUCUCACGACCACUGGUUUUGUUUACCCCUGUUGCCAAAUAUUGUGCCCUGCUACUUUGUUUUAAUGAAGUUGUUGUUAUGGAAAUGCCGGAUGCCCUAGAGUUGCUGCGUUGGAGCCAGUGGCGUAGCGUAGUUUUGCGGGCCCCUCUUGCAAGGUGUCCCCACAGAAAGAAAAAUGUGCAGUUUUAUAGCUUAUCUCAUGCUAUUUGACACAUAUUGCCAUGAGGCUGAGAGAAAAUUUUGAUGUUUUAGAGCUCAGGCAUUCUUGAAAGACGGGACAAUGGGACAAUCUCAACUUUUUUCCCACAAAUAUUUGUCUUAAAAUCUAUAUUUUGAUAGACCAAAGUACCAGCUAUCACACCAUGUAAAGGAAGAAACAACUUCCAAACGUAUUUUUGUUUUGUUUUAUAGUACUCCCGAGUGGUGCAGCGGUCUAAGGCACUGCAUCUCAGUGAUAGAGGCGUCACUACAGACCCUGGUUCGAUUCCAGGCUGUAUCACAACUGGCCGUGAUUGGGAGUCCCAUAGGGCGGCGCACAAUUGGCCCAGCGUCGUCCGGGUUAGGGUUUGGCCGGGGUAGGCCGUCAUUGUAAAUAAGAUUUUGUUCUUAACUGACUUGCCUAGUUAAAUAAAGGUUAAAUAAAUAAAUGAAAUACAAAUAUUUAGCACUACUAAAUGCUCCAGGACAAAUUUCUUUAGCAUUGUGACAUGUUUUUCUAGAUUUAGAACAUAAAACAUUUAGAAAGCAAACAUCUUUUAGGUCUAGCAAAUCAAAUGCUUCAAAUGUUUAAGCAAAUGUUACAGAGCAGUGAUGACAAUAUUUGUUCUGAAUAUUUACACAAAAAACGAUGUUAAGGGGGUGGACCAUCGGUGACGUAAUUGACAAACCAGUGACGGAGUUGUGACAACCGAUGCUCAAAACAACAAAAGUUCAACACAAACAUUCAAUUACAAAUUAUGGGAAAGGAUUCAUUUGAAAAUCUCCAAUAAAAACGCAGCUUUACAGACUAUGAGGGGGCUUGUUGCAAUACAUGUAUUGAGGACAUGAAUGAGGGGUCCUUGUGAUGUCGCUGACCCUGCUCAUUCCUGAUUCAUUUAGGAUUUUAGACAAAUCUGAUGGAGUUGACCAUCUCCGGACACAUCUUUAAGGAAUCAGUUUUGAGAUAAACAGGCUUUAAAGUCACAGAGGGCUUUUGCAAGAAACUACAUAAGAUCAUUUUUCAAUUAAUAUCCAUAAUUGCCUAUUUUUAGAAUUUUAAAUUGGGUUCCUUUGCUCCAGACAAGGGCAUUUCCAGGCAUACAGCCGACAUGGAAAUUAAUAAUAUAUUCCCAAAACAAGUCCAUUUUAAGCUCAAAUAAUGCAACAAAAUAUUAUUUUUUUAACUAUGAAAUUAAAGAUUCCCUGCCGGACAAGGAUUGUCACAACUUUCAAGAAUCCCUGAGCAAAUGUCCUGUUAUUCUACACAUUUUGUCAUGAGGCUGAGAAAAAAUGUUUCAGUUUUAAAGCUAAUUUCCUGUCAUUCAAAUAAAAUAAUUUGUAGCUUAUGACGUGUUCAUAUGCUAUAUGGGGGGCUGGCGGGCCACCUGCCUUGCAGGGGUGUGUGCUAUGCCAGCGGUUGGAGCGUGAUGCUGGCUGUUGUUUUGGGUAGCAGAAGCUGCACUUUUUGGACAAUCGGAGGGCGUUGCUGUUCAUUGCCAUUCCUGACCCCAGUGCUCUAAAACAAUACUAACAACUGUUGUCACUACAAUGUGAAAUGUCUGUGUUGGUGUACCUGUCCCUACCAGGGCUUUUGCCCACCGACACCAGGCCAUAGCAGCCUCCACACUACUAGAGGAACACAGGACCCCUCCAAGUCUUAAAAGCCAGAUUAAUCAGACAUAAUCAUGUUUUCGUGGGUGAUUUGAUACAUUGUGUUUUGAGAGGCCCUGUCUGUGUGUGAUGUGUGGUUGUAUUUAUUAUGUUGUAAAAGGUCAAAUGGAGUUGUCAGCCCCUUGUGAGUUGUAGUUUGUUUUGUACCAGAGCUAGGUCACCAGUGGGGGAACAACAUUGCAAAAACAAAAGACUUGAAAAUAUACAGCAUCAACUGAGAGUCUCCUCGUUCAUUAACUAUGCUGGAUGGUUUUAUAAAACAUGUGAAUUGUAUUCCCAGUACAUUUUUUGUAUUCCAAAUUGAUGUUCAAGGUGUGCAAAUAAUAAUACAAAAUGUCUCAAUGAAAUGGGUGCCUUAAUUCAAAACCAGCGUUUUUCAUAGUUUAAAAUGUGUUGGGUUAUACCAAAAUAAUAUUGAAUUGUAAUGAAAAGGCGACUACUGAAAUUGAGCUACUGCUGUGGGAAACCAAUGACACUGAGGAGAAGCAUUGUCUGAUGACAAUACAGACAUCGCAUCUCGGAACCCAAACCGGCUGCGCGCGUGCGCCAUCGUGCAAACAUUUAUUUUGUCCCCCCACACCAAGCGCGAUCACGACACGCAGGCUAAAAUCAAAACAAACUGAACCAAUUACAUUAAUUUGGGGACAGGUCGAAAAGCAUUAAACAUGUGUGGCAAUUUAGCUAGUUAGCUUGCACAUGCUAGCUAAUUUGUCCUAUUUAGCUAGCUUGCUGUUGCUAGCUCAUUUGUCCUGGGAUAUAAACAUUGAGUUUUUAUUUUACCUGAAAUGCACAAGGUCCUCUACUCCGACAGUUAAUCCACACAUAAAGCAGUCAACCGAAUCGUUUCUAGUCAUCUCUCCUCCUUCCAGUCUUUUUCAUCUUUGAAUUUCUAUGGUGAUUGGCAUCUAAACGUUCAUAGUAUUACCACGACAAACGGCAAAACAGUUCGUCUUUCAAUCACCCAUGUGGGUAUAACCAAUGAGGAGAUGGCACGUGGGUACCUGCUUCUAUAAACCAAUGAGGAGAUGAGAGAGGCAGGACCUGCAGCGCGAUCUGCGUCAGAAAUAGGAAUGACUUCUAUUUUAGCCCUUGGCAACGCAGAUGCUCAUUGGCGCGCGCGAGCAGUGUGGGUGCAAUAAUUGAAUAACAUGCGACGUGUCUGGUCUGGUCAGCAUGUUAGGGUUGGGUUACCAGAGGUAAAGAACCCAGAACAAAUCAGAUCAUAACAGAUCUUGCAUCAGAUACAAACCGUGCAGAAAACAUUUUUUUCCCCACACCUCUUCCUCAACAUUUAUUGGCUCUUGUCUGGCUGUGGUGUUUUCAUCCUGGUCCCUGGCACUUUUCCACCCCAAUAACAAUGCGCUUUCAUUCCUAUCAAAAUGGUCAUAGGUCACAUUAAUGUAUUUGUAAUAGCUUCGACUACUAAACUAAACCUGGGUCUCUGUGUAAUGGUGUAACUGUUGUGUCAAAGGCUCACAGAAUAAUAAUUGUGUUCUGAUGAUUGUGGCUGCAGACUAGCACAACACUGCCCUCUGCUGUUGAACCUCCAUCACUGCCCAGAUGCUACUAAAACAGAAAGCCCUAACACUUCCCUCCUACAAUUUCUCUGGUCAGGAUUAUUCUGUGCUGUGUUUUACAUACUUUUCAAUACACUAGUGCCCACAAACAAUAUUUUAAUCACCUGUGCAUACAAUAGUGUUUAAUUUCCUGAGUUAUUGAUAGACUUGUUAAAAACUUACACUUAUUGGUAGAAAGUCUUAUCAGGUACCCAAAGGGUCUUACAGCCUCUCAAAAUUCCAUGCCUAGAACUCUGUUCUCUCUCGUUUUGAUUAAAGCAUUGUAUGUACAUGACUAGAAAUGGCAUAGAAUAAGAAUGAAGUAUAUUCUGCUGUUUAUUAGUUAUUCAGUAUUUCCCCAUCUGACUGACAAUAUUCAGAACUGUGACCUUAACUAGACUGGAGGUUUCAUUAAGACGUAGGAUUGUUUGAUGGGACAGUAGUACAGGUGCACCUAUCUGCUGCCAGGAUGCAUCAGUAUUUAUGCAUGAAGGUUGGUGAGGUGUGGAGGUUGACCGACUGGCUCGUUCCUAAGUAGGAUUGCAUGGUUCAACGUAUCCUAGGCUUGUUUCACUGUAUGAGUCGAUCCCGCUCUUUUUCACUGGCUGUUAUAACCUGUAGCUGACCCUCGUUCUUAAUAACCCCACCUUUUCUAUGAUGAUUACUUGUCUUAAACUACAGAUUAUGGACCAGAAUGUUCCUCUUUUAGGAAUGAUCACUUUUCAGACAUUUUAUGAGCUUUUGUUUUCUGUUUUGUACCAACCACAGUUUAGUGUAUUUACUAUAUUCACUCCCUGUACUUCUCUUUCUGCUGGAGAAUAAAAACAUAUUUAUUACACUCAA